ACAUGUGUCAUUUAGUUUUUUAAAUUUUAAACCUAAAACAAAAAGGAUGUAAACAUACUUUUUUUUGUAAAGUAGUUCAAAGAAGGGCAAUUGAACUCAAAAUUUAAAAACCUUCAGUUAGUUUAAUCCAUCUUGGGAAAAAGAAUUGAGCGAAGGAUUUAAAUUCUUGAUGUUAUUGACACUUUUCUGUUUAUUUGUAUUUUGAGGUUAAGCACCCCUGUUAUAAAUACUUUUCAUUUUUGGAGCUUUUUUUUUUAUUAAAAAAGGAGAAAAAUGACGGCUGUAAAUUUACCACAAAAGAAAUACUACAGACAAAGGGCACAUUCCAAUCCCAUUGCUGAUCAUUGUAUAGAAUACCCUUUGAAUCCAGACGCGAUGAAUUGGAACGACUUGUAUCCAACAUUAGCCGAAACGAAUGAUAAAGAAUCUGAAAUUAAAGAGAUGACUAAGCAAGUGGAGUUCGCUGACAUUGGUUGCGGAUAUGGUGGAUUAUUGAUUACAUUGUCACCGAUGUUUCCUGAUAAUUUAAUUGUUGGCAUGGAAAUCAGGGUCAAAGUCUCGGAUUAUGUGAUGGAUCGAAUUUCAGCAUUACGCCAUCAAUAUCCCGGACAAUAUCAAAAUGUUGCUUGCAUAAGAACGAAUGCCAUGAAAUAUUUGCCGAAUUAUUUUCACAAAGGACAGCUGAAGAAAAUGUUCUUUCUUUAUCCCGAUCCUCAUUUCAAGAAGGCUAAACAUAAAUGGCGAAUUAUUAAUCAAACACUAUUAGCCGAAUAUGGAUAUGUUCUCGCAGAAAAUGCAAUUGUAUAUACGAUGACUGACGUUAAAGAUUUACAUGAAUGGAUGGUUCAUCAUUUCGAGGAGCAUCCGUUAUUUAAAAGAAUUCCUGACGAUCAACUUAACGAUGAUCCAAUUGUCGAGAAAUUAUACGAGAGUACAGAAGAAGGACAGAAAGUGUCGCGAAAUAAAGGAGAUAAAUUUUUAGCUGUAUUUAAGCGAAUUUGUGAUCCCUUCGAACAAGAAGGAAGUUGAUAAGAUGAGAAAAUUUUAUUUUAAAAUAAACCAUCCUCUUUUUUUUAAAGUUAA